AUGAAUAAAGGUGGAGAUGAACUGGACGAAGACGCUACAUCAUCAUCAUCAUAUAGAGAUAACGUUGGUGAUCUUUUUAGAUUAGAAGAUUAUGAGGAAGAAGUGACAAAUUCACUAACUUUCCGUCAAGGUUAUGGGCUUAUCACCACUAAAACUACUUUUGAGGGCAAGCCGACCGAUUACUGGGUUUUGACUCAUUAUAAAAGCUCGAACAUUGUAAAUGUCGCACUUAAGGAUAGAUGGCGUCAUUCGGAAGCAUCAGUGAAGAUCUUCACGAGCGAUAAAUCGAAAGACCAGUCAUUAAAUAGUAGUCUGAAUCAGACUAUGCAGGCCGUAUUCGAUACAAUGCUGCAGGAUUUAGAUCGCCGAACAAUAAAAAGCAAAAUUAUAUUUUCGUGUGUGUGGUAAAUAGGUGGACACUGAGUGUCAAAUCACCGGAUUGUGUGAUACGGUAAUUCUGAGUCGUCCGAGGGGAACAUUCCCAAUUGAACAAAAAAAAUUACCGUGGAAAAACGAACUGUGAACA